CUCAGUUGAUCCCCUUACUCGCUCAAUUUCGGUUUGCUUGCUCACUUGAUUCUUAUCGUAGCCUUCUGAUCCAACUCAGAGAGCUGAUCGGACUCCAUAUUGCCAUAUGGGCAUCAACUUGUCCAAAUCAAGGAACUCCAGGAACUCCAGGACAUCCCAUUUCUCGCAUCAAGGUAUCUCGAACUCCAUCGAAUUUGCUCUCUCUGUUUCUACUUCAUAGCCAUGUACAACACCUAUGUAAGCUCAACUGUCUCAGUAAAAUGUAAAGGGUGUGCUGCCUUUUCAUCUUAUGGUAAUCCAUACUGUACAAAAGACAGGUUUAACAAAUACCCCUUGUAUAAUUCAUCGUCAUCAUGCUGCUUUUGUUGCGCAAAUUCGAUGUGUAGAGUCCCACUAGGCCCUUGCUAUGUCUAUGGUCUGAGGCAGUCCACUUUGAUUCAGUGGUCACCUUGUAAAAAAGUGUUCUUGAGCAGCUUAGAUAGCACGUCUAAUACGAAUUCAUCCAGUCUCGGCUUUGAAAGAAAAUGCUCUUGUAAGAAAUCUUGCUCUUUUAAUGAGGUGAGUGUGCGUGGAGGAAGAGGGAGAUUAAGGUCUCUGGGAUUUCAAGAUAAUAGUGAAAGAGACAGUUUUUCUGAUGUUGGUGUGGCUGAGGUUUUGCUCAGUUUGCUUACCAAGAGUGUGGAUGAGGAUUUUGAUGAUUUGAGGGCAAGAAAAAAAAGUUCAUGGAAGAAUAGAGUGUUGGAGAUUGAAGAGAGUGGCAAUGUUGAGAAAAAUUACAUCCAUAAGAAGAAAGGGAGUAGGGAAUCAAGUGUAGUUAGAAAGUCAAAGUGGGAAGCUGAGUCAGAGGAGGAAGAGGAUAAUAAGACAAGAAAAGAACGUAGGAGAGAAAAAGGAGAAGGAGCUCUAUUAAGAACUGAACAGGAGGCCGUGGGGGGUAAACUGGUCAGACCUAGAGCGAGGGAAGAAGAUAAAGAUGUUUUGUUGAGCAGUGAGAGACAAAAGGCAACCAGUGUUUUGAAAGAAGAAAAGGAAUAUUUGUCUAGGAAUGAAGAUUUUUCAAAAAAAAAUCAUGAGAAAGUGAAAAAAGAGGGGUCUAGCUGUUCUUCAUACUACUCGGCUUCUUCAACAGGUGAGCUAGAAAGUGAUCAUGAGGUGCGGAUUGAGCAAGAGCUAAAUCAAAGGCAUUCGAGGAAUGAAAUAGGAGAGAAAGUUAGGAGGUUUGAGGAUCAGUCCAAGGAACAAGGGGCGGUUUUGAGAAAGGAUGACGCGUUUGGAAAACCCUUCGUAGCACCAUUAGCUGACAUAGAGCCCAUCAAUUGGAGAAAGAAAUCCGAGAAGAGGCUGGGCGAGACAUCGAUUGAAGAGAAAGAGUUAAGGAAAGAAUCUUCACAUAAGCAAUCAAGGAUUUUGGGUGUCGAUGAGAUUGACUAUAGAAAAGAACUUAUUAGUUCCUAUAAGACAUAUGAUGAUAAGAAACGUCAACCCACCUCUGCUGAACAAGCAAUUGAACAGUCUGAGAUUCAAAUAAAGCAUAAGAAAGUAUUAGAUCCGGCAGUAAAUGCCACAGGCCCUACAGAACCCUUGAAUCAAAUGAUGAAAUCCAGAGAUGGAUCGGGGAAGUAUUCGUUAAAGAUUUGUGAACCUCAAUUUCAAGAAGUUGAUCUUAGAGGGAAACUUGCUAAAGAAAGAGUGUCUAGCAUUAUUAAAAAGAAUGGUGAAACAUCUUCAAAUAUCUUAGAUAAGCAACACAAUCAAGCUCAAGAGUUAGCUAUACAAGUGACUAGAGAUGAACAUAGAACUUACAUUUCCGAGAGGCAAUCAAACAUGGAGUUUAAAGAUCACAAAGAAUAUAAGUCAAGCCUUCAGUUGUCAACUUUAGAAUCCCGGAAAUCUUCUCAAACAAGCGCACAACUUGCAGAAGGUACCACUUCAAUGCAUGGAAAGGAUCCACUGGUGGCAUGUGGAAAUGAUGCCACCAAUUUUAAUGGAAAUAACACUAACACACAAGUAUCUCAGGCCCACUCAUCUUCUCAAUUGUCAAAUUCUCCGAAAUUCGAAUCACUAAGUGGUUCUAGUAGGCCAAUGGAACAAUCCUCAGCUAGACCAUACCAAAUACAGCGAGAACCAUGUGGCGAGGUCAAAAGGGAUGAGGUUGAUGCGAAACUUCUAGAAGAAGUUGUUUCUCUAAAACAUGGACUUGGUGAGUUUGAUGAGAAAGUAAGGUGUGAAGUUACCAGUUCUGAAACUCAAGGGGUGAAAAGAUUAUCACGUGAAACAAAGUUGAUACACGAGGGUGAGCAGAAUGAACAACGAGAACCUCAAUUACAAGAAACAUCAAAAACCGAAAUCAAGAGAUCUGGACAGUCCCUAUGGCAUAUUAUUGGAGAUAUAGUUAGACUCCGGUGGAUUUCGCAUUCUGGUUUUGGAAGAAGGAGUUCAUCACAUCAAUCUACUACAAGUAGUGAAACCUGGAUUGCUGGUCAUGUACCUGAGGGCAACAAUGGUUUGAAGCCAGAAAACAUAUUGCAACAAAAAUCUUCCUCUGAUCACCUUAAACGAAAAGAUAUUCAAGUUCAGGGAGAUGUAUCAAACUCAUCGCAAAGCAAUUCUGUUGUAUCGAACGAAGAAAUGUUGGAAAAGACUGUUGAAGGCAGAGGGAGAUUUGUUUCUUCACCAGCUUCUUCAAGUGGAAUAUCAUUUCCUGAUGAGGUGGUCAAAGAUGGGGGGGAAAUGAGGCAAAGGAGAUUUCAGAGGGCCAAUCAAGUAGUGAAAGACAGGUUUGAUGAAUGGGAAGAAGCUUACAGGUUAGAAUAUGAGCAGAGGAAAGUUGAUGAAAUGUUUAUGAGGGAAGCAUUGGUGGAAGCCAAAAAAGCUGCUGACAGCUGGGAGGUCCCUGUUGGGGCUGUACUCGUGAAGGGUGGAAAGAUAAUUUCUCGUGGAAGCAACCUUGUAGAAGAGUUGCGUGAUUCCACUGCACAUGCAGAAAUGAUUUGCAUUAGAGAGGCUUCAAAUAUCCUUCGGUCUUGGAGACUUUCGGAUACAACACUCUAUGUUACCCUUGAACCAUGCCCAAUGUGUGCGGGAGCGAUACUCCAAGCUAGGAUUGAUACCAUUGUUUGGGGAACUCCAAAUAAGCUUCUUGGUGCAGAUGGAAGCUGGAUUAGGCUUUUCCCGGAUGGAGAUGGCCAACGGUCAACAGAUAAACCACCUGCGCCGGUUCAUCCCUUCCACCCAAAAAUGAACGUUAGGCGAGGAGUUCUGGCCAACGAAUGUGCAGAAUCAAUGCAGCAGUUUUUUCAACGCCGUAGAAAAAAGGAAAACAAGUUGGAGCCUCCUCCUCCUCCAUCACGCAUUCCUCUAUUGAGCCAUCCUAACAAGUUUAUAGCUAAGAUGCAUGAUACCUUUCAUCUUAUGUUCUGUUUGUAACCACCAUAAUAACUCCAUGUUUUACAUUUCUAAGAGGUUGUUGAUAUUAUUAGUUCUGCCUAGCUCCAUCGAGUGGCAGAACCAUAGAUUUCUACAAGGGCACACCAACCACAAAAAAUGUUGGGGAUAAGGGUCAGUUUGGUCCUCGAAGUUGCAAAAAAGGGGUCAAAUAAGUCCUUAUAAAGAAGAUUCUGUCCGGACGUGUCAUUUGAGGUGGCUUCCGGUGGAAUUUUUUGAUGAAUUUUUUUGACCAUCUUAUUCAUUAAGUCUAGUUCACUCAUACCAAAUUUCAGAUAAAAAUUCAAUCGGGAAGACAUUCAAAUGAUUUCUUGAAGAUAACUGUGCCGUUAUAAGCGCAGUUAUCUUCAAGAAUUCAUUUGAAUGUCUUCCCGAUUGAAUUUUUAGCUUAAAUUUGGUAUGAGUAAACUAGAUUUAAUGAAUAAGAUGUUCAAAAAAAUUUAUCAAAAAAAACCACCGGGAGCCAUCUCAAAUGACACGUCCGGACAGAAUCUUCUAUAAAAGGACUUAUUUGACCCCUUUUUUGCAACUUCGAGGACCAAACUGACCCUUUACUAAAAAAUGUUGUGUACAUGUGAUGAAAAAUCGUGUGUGAAUAGACUUUUAAAUCUUUUUCAAUCCUACCAAGUUUUCCCUCUAGAGGAGUUGAUCUAUAAUCUUUUGAGAGAUAAA